AUGAAGAAAAUUAACGUGAAAAAAUUCCCUCCAUCUGCAAAAUUUCUAGCAGAGGACUCUAGACCCCACAUAAUCACGGCUGUAAGUAAUGGAAAUAUUGCAGUCGUUCGAAAGUUAUUACGAGCAGGAAUUGACCCUAAUACCCGUGAUGAGAAAAAUCAGUCAUUAAUAAGCCUCGCCAGCCGUGCAGGAAAUUUAGCAAUGGUAGACGAACUUCUUCAAUGGGGUGCCAAAGUCAAUGCCUCGACUAGCGAUGGUUGUACUGCUUUGCAUGUUGCAACUGAAGCUAAGCAUGAAGAUAUUGUUAAAAGACUUAUCGACGCUGGAGCUUCAAUGACAGCAACAACUUUAUCGGGUUUAAAGCCGAUUGACUUAGCGAAAAAUGAAACUCCAGUUUGGUAUGCGCUGAGAAAGGCUGAGGAAGAAGAAAAAGCUAAAGCCGAGUCGGCUGGUUACGAUCAGACAAUGACCGUCAGAAAACGAAAUUCUUCACUCCGUCGAAGCUCGUAG